AAACGUGAUGCUUUCUCUCAUUUAAACGUAUAAGACACAAAGUUGACCAAACCCCGGUGAUUCAUUGCAACAUCGGAAAACCAAGUUGUUUCAAACUUCUUUUUCCCUUCCCCCAAAUAAGAACAAAAGAUCCUUUGGAUACCGUUAAAUUUCAAUUUUUGUCGUCUGUUGUUUGAUUAAUUGAUAAGCUCUAAACGGAAACACCCGCCAGUUAGAUUCAGCAGAAUAAGCUCUCACAAGUCAAACCAGAUAAAAACAAGUUGGUGUGUAUCCAAGGGUGAAGGUGAAAGAACAAGGCCAAGAUGAUCAAUAUGCUAUGCAUGAUUACAAGAUAAGCUCUGUAUUGUCUUUGAAGGAUGUUCUGUUUCUCUCCAUGCUUGAUUCUUAUUUUCCAGUGAAAACACCCCAGGAUGUUUCUCCGAUUGCUAAAGCAAGAAUUCCAGAGUCUUAUGUACCAGAAGUAGAGAAGCCUUCAGAUUCUGCACCUGCAGAAUCAGAGAAGAACAAUAAAGCAACUGAUGAGGAGGAUAGACCAAAUAUUAGAGUCAGUUUGACUCCACGCCCUCGGGCUGUCAUAUCUAGCCCUGAGAACGAUGCAGUGAUUGGGCAUAAUAACAGGAUUAAAGGGGAACAUUGUGCAGCUUUGAAGAAUCAUCUUACAGUUCAAAACAGACACACAACCCGAAGCCAUAUCUUUGCUAGAAGUUCUGUGAAGACUAGAAAGUCCAAGGAUGAUGCUGACAGUAAUUUUGAAAUUAAACCAAAGAAAGGGUCAGGAACAACAGUUUCAAGUCAGAGAAGACACCAUAGAACUGAAAGGCCAAGCUGGCAAGAUCCAUAGAAACUUAGGUGUAUGAGCAUUUUCCACUGGGCCUAUACACUUACUUGAAGCUGAUAGUCUUCAAUCAGAGUAACAACCUUUUUUUUGGUUUUUCUAUUUAUUUUUUACUUAACCUUCUUUUUGAUUUUUUUUUCUAGUAUGCAAACAGCAUAUUCCUUGUGACAAGCUUCUACUUGUCUUUAACACAACAGAGUUAUUGAGAAAGGAUAUCUUACAGAGUUCAUACAGAGUUAUUGAGGAAAAAAACAAAAAAUACACCCCCAUGCACAGUAAAAAAUGUUAAAAGAGCAGAAAGGGAAUGAAGGGUUAUCAAUCAUGAGUAGUUAGUGAUGAUGGUUCUGUCAAUGAGGGUGGCCAAGAUGCACCCAGCUUUGUUGGAUGGGAUGAGCUAGAUGGAAUGGGAUCGAUAAGAAUGUCAUCAACAAUGGCAAGUAGCUCAAAAAAGACAACAAACGAGAAGGGCAAGUUGAGUACAAAAGGAAAUAUAAGUGAUGCACCUUUGCUGUUGAGAUUGUUGUUUGCUGUUUUCCCAUUUUUAGGUUCCAUGGCUAAACUGUUCUAGUGAUUCCAUCUAGCAAGCUUAAGGUCGGAUCAUGACAAUCUUUGCUCUGUUGUGUUUAGGCCAAGCUACAGUCUGAGGGUUUCUUGUUCCAGUUCUUGCUCAACUAUUUUAUAGGCCAUGCUUGCGGCCGGAUCACUCAUGUUAAUACAUCAUUAUACAAGUCUACUUAUGAGCA